AUGCAGCAGGUUGAGCUUUCAGAUCUCUCAGCAGAAUCCUCUCGGAGCAAGAGGGCGAUUAGCGAAUCCAUUUACCAUGACCAGCUUGAAGCAGACGAAGACAUACAGGCCGAGGACAAGCCGCUUAUGUCUACCGAUCUAAAUAAUGAAGUUGAUAUUCAGCCUACGGAACAGGACAUCGCGAUGCUUCCGAGGGUAUCGGAUAAGGUCCCAUGGCGUGUCUACACUGUUGCGUUUGUUGAGCUCUGCGAACGAUUUUCGACUUAUGGGACCACGAUCUUGUUCCAGAACUUCGUCCAACGCAGCCUGCUCACCUCUACUGGGCGAGCCCCUCAUCCCGACGGGGAUAUCGAUAAUAAUCCUGGCGCACUUGGGCAGGGUCAACAAGUGGCUACUGGCCUUGGGACGUUUUUCUCCUUCUGGUCGCAAACGACGCCGUUGUUGGGCGCCUGGGUUGCGGAUACAUAUCUAGGAAGGUACCAGACAAUCAUGGUCGCUAUCGCAAUUGUGGUCGUUGGACAUGUGAUCCUGGUCAUUGCCGCUCUGCCUUUAGUCCUCCAACACACCCAGACAGCCCUUGUCUCGUUCGUACUGGGGCUUAUCGUCUUCGGUUUCGGCACGGGCGGCUUCAAACCAAACAUCUCUCCUCUGAUCGCAGAGCAGAUCGUCCAUGACCAGCCGCGCAUCUCAUUUGAUCCCAAGACAGGGGAGCGCGUGAUCAUUGACCCAGACCAGACGGCAGCCAGGAUUUAUAACUGGUUUUACCUCUUUAUCAACGUAGGAGCACUCUUGGGCCAAAUCACCAUGUCGUACGCGGCACUGUAUGUCGGGUACUACCUAGCAUUUCUGCUUCCAACACUGAUGUUCCUCCUCUGUCCGGUCAUAUUGCUUCUCAACAAGAAGAACUACCGUCUCACGCGACCGCAAGGCUCAGUCCUUGGUCCGGCCGUUUCUUUUCUCAUCUUUGCUGUCCGGCCACAUUGGUCGUGGAAUCCGCUACGUACGAUUAGCAACCUCCGCGGCACGAACACCUUCUGGGAGGAUGCGAGACCCUCUCUUAUCCCACCAUCUAAACGGCCGACAUGGAUGGCACCCGCCAUUGAUGACGCCUGGGUCUCGGAACUGCGUCGCGGGGUACAAGCCUGUUCUGUCCUCCUCUGGCUCCCACUCUACUGGCUCACCUAUAGUCAGAUGAACAACAACCUCACGUCUCAGGCCGACACAAUGCGCCAUACCGGGGUCCCGCCUGAGAUUGUCUCCAACCUUGACCCACUAGCCCUGAUCAUUUUGAUACCCAUCUGCGACCUGUUCAUAUACCCGCUCCUGCGCAAACGCGGUGUGCGGUUAACGCCGAUAAGGAAAACGACUCUCGGAUUCUGGAUCGGCUCGAGCGCGAUGCUCUACGCCGCCUUCUUGCAACAGUACAUCUACACGCACAACGCUUGUGGAUAUCAUCCCACCGAGGGUCUUCCCUCCACCUCACCCGUCCAAGACUGUCCUCCUGCAAUCAUCUCUAUCCUCUACCAAGCACCGAUCUACCUCCUUGUCGCCAUUAGCGAGAUCCUCGUCAGCAUAACAAGUAUGGAAUACGCAUUCACAAAAGCACCUAAGAAUAUGAGAUCUAUGAUUCAAGCAUUUGCACUUUUGAUGGGUGCCCUGGCGAAUCUGAUUGGAGAGGGGUUCCUGUGGCUCGCAAGGGAUCCAUUUCUCGUAUGGAACUAUGGGCUCAUGGGCGUCGUGGCGUUUGUUGCUGGAUGUAUGUUCUGGUGGUGCAACAAGGAAUUGGAUUGGGAGGACGAAGGACUGAGUCCAGUAGCACACGUAGGGAUCCGGAGUGCAGAGCGGACAGGUCAGAAUGAGGAGCAUGGGUCGGAAUUCAAGCCUGAACGUAGAGGGAGAAGUAUUGACGCGAGCCGGAGUGUCGUGAGUGAUGAUUCCGAGGAAGAUGAGGAGACCCUGCUUCGUGAUAGACUCCACAGGAGGAUGAACGGGGACAGUCCGUGA